CGGGAGCGAACAAAAUGACGCGUUAGCCACGGUGAAGUUAGCCUUAAUUAGCUUUAUUUGGCUAAAUAAUUAGAGGAUAGUUUGCAUGUUACACGUAGAUAUGUUGUUAGGGACACACGAGACGUGCUUUGGGAAGCGGAGGGAGUAAUGUCAUGAGAUGGCUCUUGCUACCUUUGACGUUUUGUUAGCUUGCAAGCUAACUGUAGCUUGGUUAACGCUAGGUACGGAAUCCACUGACAGGCAGUGUCUGGUUGAUGUUAGCAUUAACAGCAGAUCUGUUGAGCCCACAAGUGUCAGUUAUGACCACUUAAAGUCGGCGCUGCGCUAACAAAUGUGGGACACCGGCGUCAAAGCGGUGUUCUGUGUGUAGUGUUGAUGCUAAAUAUCAGCAGUUGGCUAAUCUUAGCGGUAGCUGACGGCGUUGGCGUUAACGCAGCACGUCUGAUGUUACAUAACGACAGUCAGCGGUACCGUUUGCUGUCAGAUCUCAGUCAGCAGCAACUGAACAAACAUAUCACAAAGCUUCUCCUCUAAACACCAGCUGAACUCGAAUAACCCCAAAGCUUCCUAUAUUUUUUUCUUUAACUUCUCGUGUAUAUCAUGUGAGCCGCCCACUCUGCUGACCUGUCCGGCUUUCACGCAUUUUUGUUUUGGUAACUUUUACUUUCCUCUAUGUGCUUGUGGAGUGGCCGUGACAACUAAAAAAGGCAAAGAUUUUUCUAUGUGACGUCGGUGCAUGAUGAAGCUGAGAGUGCGUAAAGCUCCUCAGCAGUCGAACAUAGGCCAUCGAACCCAUCCAUCCCAGGCCAAACGGAAACACUGUGAAGUGGAGCCAUCACCGGUGAGAGGUCGAAGCAAAAUGCAGAAGAAUGAAACAGGCCUGUUCUCCACUAUCAAGAAAUUCAUUCGUGGAAAUGCAGUCAAGGUGGAGCAGGAUAUUCCUGCCAAGAGGAGUCGUAUUGAUUGUAAUCCCGACAGUGAUCUCAUUACUUCAACACCACAGACUCGAGGUCUUUCCAACAAAUCCGUGUCCAGAGUUUGCCGGAAAAGUCAGAAUAAAGACACAAUGACCUGCCACAGUAAACCAAUUAAACCAAACGGUAAACUGGAGGCCCCCGUCGACUCAACGAGCAGCCCGCCGCGCACCACCCUGCUUGGAACCAUCUUCUCUCCGGUCUUCAACUUUUUCUCACCAGCAACCAAAACUGCCACUCCUGGCUCUGAUUCUCCCGGCCAAGCCAUGGAAGCGGAGGAAAUCAUGAAACAGCUGGACAUCGAGCAGGCUGAGGAGAUGCCGAGCAGCACGCUCACAUCCACAGAGGGGAUCACUCCGUGUCACACUGCUCCGAUGUUACCACAGAGGCUCCACAUCACCUCCGAUACAACCAUAGAAGAAGGAGAGAUCGUCACUGAAACUGACAUGCCCCCAUUAACAGCUCCUGGGUGUAUGCCAGAUGGCAGCUACCCACACUCAUUACCCUCAGUUCCAGCAGAACCCUCAUACGAUGAGGACUGGGAGGUUUUUGACCCGUACUUCUUCAUCAAACACGUGCCUCCGCUGACAGAAGAGCAGUUAACGCGCAAGCCGGCAUUACCUUUAAAAACACGCAGCACACCGGAGUUUUCUCUUGUCCUGGAUCUGGAUGAAACUCUGGUUCAUUGUAGUUUGAAUGAGCUAGAAGAUGCAGCUCUGACAUUCCCUGUGCUUUUUCAAGAUGUAAUAUACCAGGUGUAUGUUCGAUUGAGGCCCUUUUUCCGAGAAUUUCUUGAGCGCAUGUCUCAAUUGUAUGAGAUUAUUCUCUUCACUGCUUCAAAGAAGGUCUACGCCGACAAGUUGCUCAACAUCCUGGAUCCAAAAAAACAGUUAGUAAGACAUAGACUAUUUCGUGAGCACUGUGUGUGUGUUCAAGGAAAUUACAUUAAAGAUCUAAACAUUCUCGGGCGGGAUCUUUCCAAGACGGUAAUAAUUGACAACUCACCCCAAGCCUUUGCUUAUCAGCUUUCCAAUGGAAUUCCUAUUGAGAGCUGGUUUGUGGAUAGAAAUGACAACGAGCUUCUAAAGCUUAUUCCUUUCCUUGAGAAGCUUGUGGAGCUGAAUGAAGACGUCAGACCGCACAUCCGUGAGCGGUUUCGUUUGCACGACCUCCUUCCUCCAGACUGAGGUGCUAAUGUUCAUCUUUCAAGUGAAAGAUGGGGAAAAAAGAAACGGACUCAAAGAAGGAUGUAUUCAACAGAUUUUUCUUUGCAUACACAACAUUGCCAUUAUUCUAAUUUUUUUUUUUUUUUUUUUUUUAAAGUCAUGCAAAAAAAACAAGAGAAAAGUAUGUUUGAGUCCAAAAGUCCUGGAUGUUUUUCUACACACGCUCAGAACUGAGGUUUCUUAGCUCAUUUGCUUUCAGUGCGACCUUACAGACGGCCUCCUCGAAGGUAUUUUGUCAUUUAAAAACCAUUUUUUAGAUUGACAAAACUGAAUGUCUCACAGUGUUGGAUUCUAUGGACCUUGUUGGUUUCAUCCUGACCUCCAAUGGCCAGUCAAACCUGUAAAAUAUUCACUCUAGUUACCUGUAAAUAUAUGUACAUAAUUGUUUUGUUUGUUUGUUUUUUCUUUGAGGUUUUUAAGUCAUUUUAUUUUCACCUCAGAUUUUAGUAUGUACUCUUGACUUUUUUUUUUAAAACUGAUAAAAUGUUGUUUUGUUUGAACUUGUUGAUAAGCAGCUGCUUUUCUGUUGUAUGCCUGCGUUAUUCCUGUGAUGCUUUACUCCAUUACAUGCAGUCGUCUGUUUAUAAGGUGCAGUUUUUAAAAAAAAAAAAAAAGAAGAAGAAGAAAGUGUCUUUGGGAGAAAAAUGUUCCUGAAAUGAUAUUUUAAAGCUAUAAAAUGUACUCGAGACUAGGGUCUCAAAUGAAUACGAAGCCAUAAUGGCACAAUCUUAAUUUUGGAGAUUUCUAUUUGAUCGUCCUCUUUCAAGGGGGGGUGGGGGGGUUCAGGCAUCUUGCACUUUGACAUCCAGCCCUUUGUAAGUUGAUGUAAACUCUUGUCACUUUUCUACACGGGUGUGUAUCGCCUAAAUUUGUUAUGUGGGAGAAAAAUGAAAUUGUAGCACCAGCAAAUUGCCAACAUGUUUGCUUUGAAUCUUCUUUUCUGAGACGUCUUGUAUGUGGGAUCUUUGAUGUAGGAGUCACGAGUUUUAUUGACUUAUUGAAUGAUCACUCCUGGUGUAUUCAGUGUUACUCAAUGGUUUCCUUGAAAAUAAAUACAUUUUUAUACAACA